CCUCGAUGAUCAUCAUCUUCACCUUUAUUGCCUUGAGAUACUAUCAACAUGGCCAGCAGCUCUUCAAGUGCUCUCAUAAGGAGCUGUAGGCAGUUCAGAUCACUACCGAGUCCGUCAUCGAGCUCGUCCUUCACAUUCUCGGCUCGCCCACUCCGAUCCCCCAGACCAUCCCCGACUCCCAUCCAGCUAUCAUUCAGACGUUGCUAUGCCGCCUCGCCCUUCCCCACAGCUAGCGAGAAGAAGCUAUUCCGACCCAUCAACGUACUCGUCAUGCUCGUGCCGUUUGUUACAUUCGGUCUGGGAGUCUGGCAAGUCAAGCGUUUGAGAUGGAAGCUGGAUCUCAUCGAUGACAUUCAGAGGAAUAUAGAAAAGGAUCCAUUGGUUCUACCACCAAACAUCAACCUCUCCGCUUUGCCCGAUUUCGCAUUCCGUCGUGUGCUACUCAAAGGCAAAUUUGAAGGUCCACCCCUAUUCAUGGGUCCAGCAGUUGAGCAAGGUAUACCAGGAUGGAACAUUGUCUUGCCCUUCUCUCGAUCCUCGACCGGGGGAUCAACGAUUCUCGUCAAUCGAGGCUUCCUGACAGAGGCCAAAGUCAAAGCUAUCAAAGAUGGGACAGAUCGACCGCCGGGUAUCAAGGAAGAUGGACAAUCUGAAGAAGUCGUCUUGCAAGGGAUGCUCACCAAGAAAUGGGACGAAGGGAGAGGUCGAUGGACGCCAGAGAACAACCCAGAGGGAAAUCAGUGGUUCUGGAAGGAUAUCAUCAGCAUGGCUUCUUGGGUCUCAAAGGAGAAUAGAAAGGUUGAGCCUGUGUUUGUCGACGUCCUAGACGAUGGCAAGAGUCCCCUGACAUAUAUGAUGGCGCAAGGCGAGCCAAUUGGUCGGCCGCCGACGGUUGAGAUCCGAAAUCAGCACGCAACGUAUGCUGUCAUCUGGUUCACUCUCUCCGUCAGUACAGCAGCGAUGACGGUCUAUCUCCUGAGAACCAGGGGACGAAGUGCUCUCAAGAGUCGACCGUCAAUGAGGAGAAUAUGAGCCAGUGAU